ACCCCUUUUUACAAGCAGAUGAUGGCCACGUCGUGUUUACAGGCCUCUGAGCACCGAGCCAGGUGGACGUGGGAGGAUGGAGUGCAGGGAGAAGAUGGAGAAUGGACGGAGAAGCCUUCGCUCGUACUGACAAAAGCAACAAGUACAAGAAGGCGGUUACGGCGACACAGUCUGGCCUCAUCUGUCGGAUCCGGUUCGACUAGUACUACGGGCUUCGGAGGUUUGAGUCUGCACGGCACGACGCUGCAUGGAGGGUCCUUCCCUCGGCUGGAGGCGAUGAGGAAAGCAGAUGAAGCGCGUACGGUCACGCUGGAAGACGUCAAAGCUGUUGCAGUGAGGUACAUUAGCACGGGUUUGCUAGAGAAAAUGAAAAGGUCCACUGUAGUCACUUUCGACGAGUUUUACAGAACUGAUGCAAUGAACCAGUUUCUCUGGAGUGUCCUUCUCUACCACAAUGCCUUUACCAUGCACGAGGAAGCCAGUAGCGAUGAAAAUAUUAAAGUACCAGGGGCACUGGGUGAAGAAGCUCGCAAGGCUCUGAGAAUGGCAGAGGAGGAGCUGGAUCAAGCCAGUGUUAACCUCGGAGAGCAGUACUCCAGGCUCAACACAGGACAGAGCCAUGCAAGUCUCCACCAUACCUGCAAGGGAAGUCUCAGGGCAUCAAGAACUCACAGAGACCAACACCUCUACGAGGUUAUCUAUGAGUUUGCGAUGUUUGUGACGUGGAUCACAUUUGGCUACAAGGACUGGAACAGCAUACACAAAGAGUUGGGCAGGUUGUUUAAGACACAAGCGUUCAAUAGAGAUGUGAGAGUUCGGGGAGAAGGUAGUAAUGUUUACGUGCAUACUGUGCCACGUACACUAACACCACGGUUUCAUAAUAGCAACUACCGGGUUUUUUGAAGAGCUAGGAUGUAAGAUGGACAGAAAGAGCGAUGAAUAGUGAGCAAUAUUCAAAUUGUACUCUAACACAGAUUAUCCUUGCACAGUCUUUCCUACAGGGUGUUCUAUGACCGUCCUCCACGAGGAAAUCUUAGAGAUCUUCGGUCUCCUGCCCUCAAAAGCUACUUUGCGUCACCCAAGGAGAGACACAUGUGGGCAUUUGAACCUCCGUAUCACCCAAAAAGGUUGGACUCAACUAUCUUACUGCAAAAUAAUGUCUUUUGGCACAGCAAAAGGGAGGCCCCUAUGCCAACUAGUGAAAGGCCUCCAGAGAAAUUAGGAGUUAUUGGUGAACAAAUGUCAAAGGUCAAUCCUGACAACUUGAGAUACAAGGAAGAAGAUGAUUUCAUCCCAGACACUGGUUCCGUCAUGACCUGUGACUCAGAACACCAGGACUGAGAGCCAAUGGAGUCACGCUUUCUUAGUAGAUGUUGAUUAUGUAUCUUACCCUCCUGAUGUUUGUGUUCCUUUUCUGACUAGUGAUAAUAGUUUCUUUUCCCGUAUGUAUAGUCAAAGAGUAAACACCAAGCGUGCAUUUUGAUAACACGUGACUGUAUAUAGUCUCUGCUUGGGACAUAGCAAGCUAGCACCGACAAAGAAAGACACACUCAGCAGUUUGUGUCAAGGUUUGUGUGCAAGGACCAACGUCUACUGCUCAACCCAGUACAGCAAUGAGUGAAAGCAUUGGCUUACAGCCUAGCUCAGAUGAUGGCUUCAGUCAAGUUGAGAUCCACCGCUACACUGAGAUUGCUUUUCGCCCAUCUACCGCACAGCCUGAUCUGACUGCGACCGUUCCUUGUCAAGAAAGCAGUGUUGAUGCAGAAACAUCAUCCACCGGGACUGCUGCCCUCCCUAAUUCAGUUGGAGCAGAUGUCCACAACAGUUCCCAGUCAGAAUCUCUCACACUUACUACAAGCCCUCCGAAAGUCACCCCCUAUGCUGAAGUUUCGAUUCUACCCACCACUGCUCAACCAAACCUGACAGCAGUAGAAGAAGAGCCUGGAGAUUGUCCCUGUCCUAGAGAUCCCUUCACUGCUCCGCCGGAAUCACCUAUAAUGGAAGACAACAUUCAACACCACGAUAUCAACCCUUAUGCAGAGAUCACUAUACAACCACAGCCUACCAUUUUCAUCACCAGCAGCACACCAGUGACUAACACUGAUCAUAGUAUGGACCCCACUGCUACCACCGACGACGUUGGACAAAGCAGAAGAAGAAUGAGUCUGAACCCUCGUCAUUUCUACAGCAGCUCGAGUGUGACGAGCACCCCAGAAACUAAAGAAGUACAGGCGAGUCUAACUGGAAAUCGGAGCAGGAGGAGACUGAGUCUGGGGGCCAGACUAUUCCUCAAGACAACUCCUGGGACGCAGAGCUCGUCGCAGAGAAGUGGAGCUGUGAGGCGCAGGCUGAGCCUGGGGAUCAGAAACUACCACAGAGCAGCACCGUCUCCAGGAGGGGAGAAUGACAAACAGUCGGGCGAUUUGGUAGACCUGUUGACUGGUCUCAGAUCCAACGGAGUGUCCUUUCAGACAGACAACCCUGCAGGUCCGAGGCUGAGGAAGAACGUAACAGAGGUGGAGCUAGGCAGGGGUGGUAGCUUUCACGGCAGGAGAAGGAUGACCAUGGGUGCUCAGUUGUUCCGCAGACCACUACUUACAACUGAGAGCUCCACAGACGGUGGCAGUAGACGCAGAAGAAUGAGUGUGGGGGCUCGAUUCUUGCGCAGAGCUGUUGCCAGUGACACUGCUGGGGCCACCAGUGACACCAACACCAGAAGAAGAAGAAUGAGUUUAGGAGCACGACUCUUCAGCAACAGGCACAGGUCUCGGACUAAGAGUGAGGCCGGGCAUCGACUUGGUCGGUUCCUUCAAAAGGUUCAAACAGUUUCCGAAGACAGUAGUAGUGUGGCUGGUGGUGAGACACUCAAUGAUGGAGCCGUAACUGACAGUGAGGCCAAGAAAAGUGGAAGAAGAAUGAGUUUGGGGGCCAGACUGCUUCACAAGUUGAAGCCUCCCGGUGCACCAUCGAGAUCUGCAGCCAGUAGUAUGCUCAGCAUGAACGUGGAGUCAACCCAGACUUGCCAC